AUGGCUUAUUCAACCAAAAAAUUUCAGAAGAUGGUCAGAAGAAAUGGAGAAAUGCUAAAAAGAGACGGCUCUAACAGACCAAAAAACAGUGAUCUUUGUUACAAGUGUGGAAAGCCUGGACACUUCAUGAAAGAUUGUCCUCUCUUGAAGCAAGAAUUCUGUAAGAACUACCAUGAGAAAACAACUAAGACGAACCUGGUUCCUUUCAAGGACUUCAAGAGAAAAAGAUCCGCUGACAAUAUGAUGAGACAUGCUCUUGCAGCAUGGGGGGAUUCCUCUAGUGAGUCUGAAGAUAAACCUGAUACUGGUGAUAGUUCUAUGAUGGCAGUUGAAGGCAAGGAGAUUGGAUAUGACUCAACUUUUGCUUUGAUGACUCAAUCAGAUGAUGAUGAAGACAAUGGCAAUAAAAAGAAGACUGGGCCAUGCAAGUUUUUCUCAUCUGAACAAACUAAUUCAGAGGGACCUGGUCCAUGGUCUGCCUAUGUCAUAAUUCAAGAUGCAAAAAAUCUGUGA